AUGUCUUCUCUAAAAAAACAACUUACUGUCUCUAUAAUUGCUCCUGAUCUUCAAAAACAUCGUCAAUGGCUCACAGUUUUACGUUCCGCUGUUCACAAUUCUAAUCCCAGAGGUCCUUUCUUAACUUAUGAUCAACGAACUUGGUUAAUGAACAAAUUAAAUUCUUUAGAUGAUUUGGCUGAUGUAAAUGAACAUAAAUUAGUGGCUUAUAGAGUCUUACUUAAAUCUUUAUCCAAUGAAGAUCAAGAUGGUCAAUCCGAAAAAGAUCCUAAAACUCCCGUACUCUUGAUAUUAGGAAAAAAUAAUUUUUAUAUAAUUCCAAGUAAUUUAAAAAAUGAUGGAACUCCAAGUGAAGAUAAUCGUAAAAGUAAUGAUUUCAAGAUCUCCUCUGCAAAAAAUUCUAAUUUAAUAAAAGAAAUUGAUUUCUGGAAAUAUAAAUAUCCUUUAUUAUGUAUCACUGACAUUCGUUCAAAUAGUAUCGAUGAUACUCUUUUAAUUAAUUUUAAAAAUAAUUCCUCGAAACGAACUAUCAUUAUUUCUUCUCUUUUAAGUGAUCAUAUCAAUAAUGAAUUUAAAUCCGUUAUCGAUUCAAUUACCUUUUGGUGGGCGACCCCUUCUUACAAAUCAAAUCCUACUACUCCAAUUUCUCCUGAUUCCUCUUUAACUUCUCCUACUGGAAAAAUGUCUCAAGAAACUGGUGUAGAAAGAAUGAUUGAAGCUCAAUGUCAUGUAUUAAACAUACCUAAAUCUAGAAUAUCCUUUCAAAUCGAAUACGUUCUUGGUUCCCAAAAUGUUCAACUUGGAUUAGGUGUUGAUAAUCUACCUUUUAGAUUCGUGUUACUUCCUCCAAAAGACGAAAAAAAUCAAGUUUAUACAACCAAUGAAUUAAUGGCAAUAUUUAAUUCAUUAAAAAAUCAUCCGUUACUCUCGGAAAUUAUUUUAAGUAACAUCAAUCUAUUUGAACUUCAAAUUCAACAAAGCUCUUCAGGAUGUAAUAUGCUUGCAACUGUAUUACAUGAUUUAAUAAUAUCAAGUUCUAGUUUAAAAACAUUAAACUUAAGUUCAUGUGGAAUCACAAGUGAAACUAUAUCCGCGAUCGGAAAUGCUUUAUUCACCGGAAAGGCUGGAUUAGAACGAUUAAUAUUAAGUGAUAGUUCUAUAACAAGAGAUAGUGCUCAAACAUUAGCAAAUGGAAUAAAGAAUCAUACGACAUCAAUUAAAGAACUUGAUAUUUCAAAUUGUAAAUUAAAUUUUGAUGGUUUAGUAUCAAUCCUUCAAUCACUUGGAUCAAAACAACCAAAAGAUCUUGAAUCAUUAAAUAUUUCAAAUAACAUUUGUGAUAUUGAUGAAAAUAUUUUAAUAGAUUUACUUUCAAAAUCUAUAAAUUUACGUUCAUUAUAUUUCCGUAAUUGUUUAAAAUUCUUUAUUGGAACAAAACCAAUAAUUUCAUUGGAAACUUUAGGUGAAACAAGACUUACGACAUUAGAUAUUG